GUACUUUAGCAUGCUAUGCAUUCAUGGCCUGUCACAGUCCUCCUCAACAAUGCAGCGAUAGAAUUCAAGGAAUUGGACGCAAACAACUUAUUAUUUACAUAUCGAUCCCGAACUUGCCAAGAUCAAAGCGCGCGCUCGACAAGGAUUUCUGCUGUAGCCAUGAAGCGACAGAAUGUGAGAACGCUGUCCCUGAUCGUCUGUACCUUUACAUAUUUACUUAUUGGAGCAGCUGUUUUUGACGCUUUGGAGUCAGAAAACGAAAUCAACCUGAAGAACCAGCUACUAAAAGAUGAACAGAAAAUGAUAGAAAAAUUCAAUAUCAGCGCCAAAGUCUUCGAGGAAAUUCGAAUUAAUGUUUUACACUCCAAGCCUUACAAAGCUGGUGUACAAUGGAAAUUUUCUGGGGCGUUGUACUUUUCACUUCUGGUUGUAUCCCUCAUAGGUUAUGGACACAGUACUCCUAAGACCGUGUUUGGGAAAAUAUUUUGCAUGCUCUACGCACUGGCCGGGAUUCCUCUUUGUAUGAUCAUGUUUCAAAGCGUUGGCGAAAGACUCAACACGUUUGUGACAUACUUGCUGAAAAACAUAAAAAAAUGUUUCAGAUUCAAGAAGACCGAAAUUUCUCAAACAGACGUUUUGUUUAUUACCUUAAGUCUUUCUUCGCUGAUCUUGACCACAGGAACUCUAUUGUUCUCAGAACUCGAGAACUGGUCAAUCAUAAAUUCCGUCUACUACUGCUUCAUUACCCUCACCACCAUUGGGUUUGGUGAUUUCGUAGCUUUGCAGAAAGAAAACAUUCUUCAGACACGGCCAGGUUAUGUAUUAUUCGUCCUUCUUUUCAUUCUUAUAGGCUUGACUGUCAUUUCUGCUGCCAUGAAUCUCUUAGUGCUUCGUUGUUUGACCCUAAACAGUGAGGAUGAAAAACGAGACGAGAUGAAGGCUGCCGAGGCCGCACGAAAUGCUGUGCGUUUAAAUGGUGACGUCAUCACCGGAAAUGGUGGGGUAGUUUCAAAUGCAAACGAAACUCCUGAAUACCAAGACACUAUGUCAGUAUGCUCUUGUUCGUGUUAUAAAUGGCGGUCCCCAAACAAUGGGAAAAUAUAUAGUUCCAAUCCAACAAUUAAUCACGUGACGUCAUUUAGUGUUGCUAAAGAUGACGAAAUGUCUGAAGAAACAGAUUCAUUUCUUCAGUGGCAGAGAACAAAGCGAGCUUCGUUCUGAUCAUUCGUACUUGUAUAGAAAUGAAAUACUUGUAAAACACCAUUUUGUGCCAUAAGAUAACUUUGAAAAAAAGAAUAAAAUUAUCUUUGAAAAU